GAAUCACCAAGUAAAGGAUAAGGUGAUAAUAGAAUAUAAAUAUAUAUAUAUAAUUGGGGAACGAGAAACGUUUGACCAACACCGUCACUCAAGGUAGGAAUUAAUGGAAGCUCUGCUCGGUUCGCCCAUUAGCACUACCUUCCCCUUCUCCUUCCCCAUCGCAAGACCAUCUUUAAGAUCCUCCCCCUCUCUUCCCAUCACGCCAACAACAAGCCAACGUGCAGCAAUAACCGCCGUUGCUCCAGGUAAUUUCCGUCGGCCUCAGGCGAGCUCCGACCCCUCAGCUUCUUCUUCCACCGACACACUAGUUGCUUCUUCCGGGGAGCCUUCGAAGAUGAAGGCCUGGGUCUACGACGAGUACGGUGACGUCAGUGUGCUGCGCGCCGAAGAUGGGGUCUUGGUCCCUCAAGUGGAGGAGGACCAGGUCCUCGUCAAGGUCGUGGCGGCCGCGCUGAACCCCGUGGAUUUUAAGCGUAUGCAGGGAAAGUUUAAGGCCACUGAUUCACCCUUACCGACUAUUCCAGGUUAUGAUGUAGCUGGGAUUGUCGUUAAAGUGGGGAGCCAAGUGAAGAUCCUGAAGGAAGGAGAUGAAGUGUACGGGGACAUCAACGAGAAAACUCUGGAGAGCCCCAAGCAAUCUGGAUCGCUGGCAGAAUUCACGGCCGUGGAGGAGAAAUUGCUGGCUUUAAAGCCCCAAAAAAUAGACUUUGCACAGGCUGCAGGUUUGCCACUGGCUAUCGAAACAGCCUACGAAGGGCUCGAGAAAGCAGGGUUUUCGGCCGGUAAAACUAUUCUCGUUCUUGGUGGUGCAGGUGGAGUUGGCUCUCUGGUUAUCCAGGUAGCAAAGCAAGUUCUUGGAGCAUCGAGAGUUGCUGCAACAGCCAGCACCGGAAAACUGGAGUUACUGAAAAGCCUAGGAGUUGAUUUGGCAAUUGACUAUACAAAGGAGAACUUCGAAGACUUACCUGAGAAAUUCGACGUCGUAUUUGAUACUGUCGGUCAGGGAGAUAAAGCAGUGAAGGCAGUGAAAGAAGGCGGCUGCGUGGUCGUGCUUACGGGCGCAGUGACACCGCCGGGCUUCAGGUUCGUUGUCACCUCUGAUGGCGCUUCCUUGACCAAGUUGAAUCCUUUCAUUGAAGAAGGGAAAAUUAAGCCAGUGGUGGAUCCGAAGGGACCAUUCCCUUUCUCUCAAGUGGUUGAGGCAUUUACUUAUCUUGAAACUGGGAGGGCAACAGGAAAGGUCGUCAUUUACCCAAUUCCAUGAAUGAGAUUGAGGACCCUUCAGUUGAUCAUUUCUGAAGAUUCUACUAAUUUUUCUCCUUCUCAAAUAUCUUCUAGGGUGCUUAUUGGUAGUUGCUACUCGGAAUAUCUUACUGGUCUCCUGUAUAAAAAUUUUAUAUAAGUCCCGAACCUUUCCUAACAACCUAAUGUGUUCUUUAGAAAUUAAAUUUGAAAUCGCAAAAUGAAUUUAACAUUA